AUGUCUACAUCGCCAGGGUCAACAAGCAGGACAAGUGGUGAAGCGCUCAAUUCAAAGUUUGGUGAUACUACAAUCAAUGAGAAGCUGAGCAUUUGCUUCAGUUUAUCAUCAUCCUCUUUCUGGUAUUCAAAAUUGCUUCCACCUGCCAUUCUGCCAGCUAGUGCUCUCCUGUCUGAUUGUGUGGGAGCACAGCAACGGGCCUCUCCUGGCUUUGUCUUUGGAGCAGAGGUGUUAGGCGAUGGGAACCUCGCCUACUCACAAACGAUGAUGUGUUUACCGCUGCAAUUUCCUCUUUCUGAGAGUCCACCCUCCUCUAGAUGUAUCACUACCUCCAGUGUCUUGACUCAGUACCGUGACACCUGGAUCGAAGCUAUGUCUGACCAGAAUCAGUGUGGAAUGGAGCUUGUCAUGCACAACUUGAAACCCUUUGGCGUGCUCCUUCUCUCACGUUAA